CCAGGGGGUUGUCGUUACUGUCCCGCCUUGGUUUUCGAGCACUGCCUCAGGAAGAUCAAGUUGACUCCCUGAUGCCCGAUGAAGUUACCGUAAGCAUCCGUUAGUUGUUUUUCUAAAUACGAACAAAGACACCACAACAGCAGCAAUGAACUCAUUAUCAGCUCUAUUACAGCGGUCUUUUCCCUUAGCGUGCCUUCAGUAAAUGUGUAUUCGACCUAGUUAUCACUAAUGGUGUUUGUCUGCAACACCUAUUCCACCGUACUUUUUUUUAUUAAAAGCUAUAAAUUAUUAAUUGUUUCCUUUGCAAACGAACAAAGAGACUACUGUAAGUGUUACCUCUAGUGAUGCCGGCAAAAAUCUGUCGAAUCGGCACUGAGAGUUUCCUUCCCAGCCCUUGCCAACUUCUCUCGCUUCACCAUAAAGAACGAGAGUAGUCAACUCAAUAGUCAGGUGCUUACCAGUGGCAAACUGCCCCGUUGGGCUAUUUACCCGAGUGUACGAUGGCUCCGAGCGCAUUCAUAACAAUGGAAUAGUUUCGUGUUGCGCUUCAGUUACUGCUUGAAAAUGUUCGGCUGUGUUAAAAGCGCACGCUAUAAAAAAGGCGACUGUCGAAGCAGACUUUGCAGUUCGUGUAGUCGCUCUUAGUCAAUGUUAUCCGGAACGUCUACGGUUUAGUGUAGGAGACGACGGCUUACCGUAGAGACAACUCGUCCUUGGAAAAGUUCAUUUCGCAGAGGCUAGGUUGAAUCAAUCGGUCGAUCAUCAAUCGUACUUCUGAAUCGAUUUUGUGAAUGGAUCACACUCUAAAAUAACAGAGCUGGUGUGCUUGCUCUUGUCUGUCAUUAGUUAUUGUCUUUGUUCUUUCUACCAUUUCCGAUACGUGCAUCGUGGACAAAUCCCGCUCAAAAAGUGUGCGUGAAUUUCUGCGACGGGUCGACGUGUUAAAUUUGUUUACGUGUUUCGAAACGAGGUAACCGUGAAAGAAGCUUUGACAGAGAGAACAAUGAUUCGAACACGUAGGAAGAGGUCGCUGGACAAAGGCGUCAAAAAAUCACAAAUCUCACCUCUACUGUCGGAUGUGACAGCGGUACCAUUGAUAAAUUUAAAUACAGUCAUUCCAGCACCGGAACCCCUCGAAUUGUCUUCCCACUAUUUGAUCAACAGAGCUAAUGCGCACUUCUUCAAAUGCUUCGCCUUCGAGGCAGAAAGUCGACCAUUUAUCGUCGUUCGUCACGACGUUAACGCCGAAGAUGUCACAAGUGUUAUGCAAACGGACUGGCGUUUCGUAGUUCCACGAAUUGCACUCUUCCUCGUCUCAGACGUGGGCCCUAUGGCCGAGUGGUCACAGCCUCGCCAACUCGACGCCUUCAAAUGCGGCCUCAUCAAGGCAGCCAACACAACCCACAUGUGGAUUUUCACUAACGGGCUUAACACCGGGAUCGCUCAGGAGAUUGGGGACGCUGUCGCUGAGGAACUGAGUCGACGGCGUGCAAAAAGAUGUCACAAACACCCCGCGCGGAAAAAGCAGCAUAAACCACCGCUCACUCUGGUGGGUCUUGCGCGAGAAGAUUUGAUUUUAGGUGCUGAACGAUUUACAAAUUCUGAUGGUAGUGACGUGAACAUUCAGGUUGAUGCGAACAAACCUGAGGAGCAAAGGUUCGAGCUCAAUCCUGAUCAUACACACUAUAUCAUCGUUCGAGAUGACACGGUCCACAAAACUGGCAUCAAUCAAUAUACUCUUCGCUUCGAAAGGGUCCUAGCCUGUCUCGGAGCUCGAAAGACCGAGGAUGCUACUACAGUUGAAACGCAUCGGAAGGUUGCGCGUCAGGCAUCAGCGAUCUCUAUGCAGCUUCCACUUGUCGCUGUUCUAAUACAGGGAGAUUUCCAAUCCGCCAAGUUUAUCUUUGAUCGAUUACAGAAAGAGCUUCCGAUACUCGUGUUCGAGGGCACUGGAGGUUUGGCUAACCUAAUUGCUUUUGUAUACAACGAAGUUCAGCGUAGGGCCCCUAACGUGUGGGACGCUGAAUUCAUCGAGGAAUUCGUAAAGCCGGAGUUGACUGCGAUGAUUUGCGCACAGCAACCGAUGUACUCGGAACAGACGCAGGCGAGAAAUGCAUAUAGGGACAGGAUACUCGAAAUUGUGCGACUUGCUUGCCACAAACAGCAGGGAGCUCACCUGACGGUUGUACAUACAAGAAACCGAUCGUGUGAUCUAGAGAAAUUAGACCAGGUUCUUCUGAAAGCUCUAUUUAAAUCUCAACGGGCAGAACAAACAGUGUGGUAUUCCCAGCUAAAAAAGGAUCUUCAGCUAACAAUUGACUGGAACAGCCCGAAGGUGGCGUUAGUCGAAGUAUUUCAAAAAGACUCAUCGAAUAAGUUUCAAGUCGAUUCAGGAAUCUUCAUGGAAGCGCUACUAAGGGAGGACCGUGAAGAGUUCAUUGACAUAUUUCUCCGAAGGCAGUUCCAGUUAAGCAAGUUUCUGUCAAAGGGGCGACUAAAACUCAUUUUCCAGAAAGUCCUAUCAGAAGAUUUCUUCUUCCUGGUCUGUUGGAUGGGCGCCCUAGGAAAUACUUCCUAUCGUGUAUCCGACGACUUCAUCGAAGCCGAUCUCAACUGGCUAAUUGAACUGUGUACAGGCCUCCCAGAUUAUGUCAGCUCUGAGCACCUGUCGAUGGCAGCAGCUGGUAUGUGUACCGGAGACGAAACCCAGGCUGAACGAAAAGCCCUUGUGAUACUUGCUCUUUGGGCUGUUUUUACUCACCGAAGAAAAUUAACGAAGAUUCUAUGGAAGCACUCUGAACAGCCUAUUCAUUUGGCGCUCAUUAUCUCAACGGCGUACGCUCGUUUAAUGGACUACGCACGGGACCCCGCUGCAAAAGCAGAGUUGGAGGAGUCAUCGAGAGAAUUUUCUGAGAUCGCCACUGGCAUUCUGGACCUGUCUUGGGCUACGGAUGCGGGCUGUCGCGCGUACGACAUCUUGUCUGAAGAAAGCUCUGACUGGAACGAGAAGACCGCAGUGGAAUUGGCUGCCCAAGGCAAGAACAUGAUGUUUUUGGCGCAUCCAUGCUGCCAGAAGUGGAUCACCAACCUGUUUAUGGGUCGAAUCACUGUACGCGAUAUGUGUUGGGGCAUCUGCACGUUCCCACAGUUUGUCAAAAUACAACUCUGCGCGUUUUUCAUCCUGCCUAUGUAUCUGUUCAUUCGAUUCAAGGAUGACCCCCACCAAAUGGAAUACAAACCGGAAAUUGACGAAGACGAUGAAGAUUUCGACUUUGUCGAUGAAGCUCCGGUACUUACAAAGGAGAGAGUAGCUCGGGAUAUAAUUCAUAGCAAGGCGCGAGCGAUGUCACUAUUUUUGAAGCAACGCAAGCAGGAACGUGAAAACGAAAAUUUCCCGCCACUUUGGAAAAUGAUUUACCUCAUGUGGAGUGCGCCUAUCACCAAAUUCUGGACGUUUCAGAUGUUUUAUAUUCUCUACCUACUAUUGUUUUCUGUCGCUGUAUUGUUACCGUCAUGUGGAUAUCAGCCUCUUGACCUGGCUGUUUGCAUCUGGACAUUUUUAAUAGCCGUCGAAACAUGUCGGAGAACUUAUGUAUCGCACCAGCAAUACAAAAGGGUUCCAUUAGCGCUUCGUUGUUUCGAGAUUCUCUUCAUGUUUGGACUGGUGGGACUCUAUGGAUGGAGUAGGGUGCUGAAAAGGACGGAUAUCCUGAGCCCAUACUCAGCUAAGGUUCUCCAGUGCUUCGGAUUACUGUAUUCAUAUUAUAGGCAAAUUUUCAUCUAUCUACCCAUAUCACCUACCCUCGGACCGCUCCUAUACCGAAUUAAAUAUAUGGUGUCAGAAGAUUUCAUCAACUUCAUGCGUAUGGCUUUGCUCGUAAUGAUUAGUGGCGGAAUCGCGGUUCAGGCUAUGAUGUACCCGGAUCAUCCAUGGAACUGGAACUUAGCCCGAAUGACGGUCUACCGGGCUGUAUUCUCACUCUUUCUGACUCCCGUUACCGAGCUAGGCGACUUUAAGCCAGCCGCGUGUCCAAGACUCGACAGGUCUGAGUUUGAUGAUGAAUGCCUUGCCGUCGGACCGUUCGUUAAUGCCACAGACAGCAAUCAUCUUUGCCCGCUAAAGGGCUUCUGGACUUACGCCUUCAGUAUCCAGUACCUGAUCCUGCUCAAGAUAAUUCUGAUGACCCUACUUUAUGCUCUGUUCAGUAACACUGCUCGACGCAUUGAAGCGGCUUCGGAUAACAUUUGGAAGUUUCAACGUUACCAGCUCGUAAUCGACUUCAAAAAUCGGCUAUGUCUCCCGCCGCCGCUGAACAUAAUCUCAUACAUCCUAGUGUUGCUAGAUCUGACUAUCGGAAAUCUCUUUCGUUUGAUAAAAAAGUGUUGCUGUACUCGUAAAGACGAUGACAGCGGUCUUCUGCCACUUCCGGUAAUGCCGGCUGGCACAACGGGUAAGGACAGUAGCUUCGAGUACUGGCGCCAAAUAUCGCAGGAUUAUUGGGCCGCCCGUGAAGAAAGCGAACUUGAGGAGAAACGCAAUAAAGAAGAACUUGAACGCCAACAAAAAGUUCUCGACGAAGUUGACAAUCAUCGGGCGCAGCUCGCAUCGAUGCGUGCCGAAAUGAAGGAGCUAAAUCGGCUCAUGCUUCAAACACGCAAUUACCUCGCCGAAGUCAAGCAUUCAGCUCAAGCGCAGUCGGUGGUCGAUGGUGUAGGAACACCCGGAGCACCAGACGCUGCUCGGCAGGCCCACUUCCUUGCCAAGAGUUCCCCGUAUCCCGCUACGAAGGUCCUGCGUUUCCCCGUCCCGGACAAAUAUGUACCUUGGGAGGUCAUGUGGUUGGACUACGAUCCAAUUGUAUUCACCAAGCCCAGCAACUGUUUCUCUGCAGAGCUGCAACCAUAUAUUGACGAAGAUGUUUUACAACUGAAAUUUGAAAACCAGCGGGUGCCAAAAUAUCAGUGGAAUGGCGUGUUUAUAAGCCCUGCCGGAAUCAUAACCGAUCGUAAGUCAUGGAUAGUCGAAGCGAGUCAAUCCGUCAUCUAUUUACUCGAACCCGAGGGUGUCCCACGUAACCCGUACGGCCGAACUGGUUUGCGUGGUAAAGGGGGUCUGUGUCGUUGGGGGCCUAACCAUUUCGUGCUUUUCGUUAUCUCGCGUUGGCAGACCUCACGAGUGCAUCUAGUGGGUGGUAAAGGUCUUGAGGUGGCACUGAUGCGUGCUACUCGCGGAGGCCAUUAUUCGCUCCCAGGUGACUUCGUGCCGGGCGAAGAUCUGUAUGUUUCGCUCGCAACAUUUUUCAAAUCCACCGACGAAGUUACCCUUAAGUAUCCCAAGGAGCAGGAACACAUCAAAGGAUUCUUCCAGUCGAUGAUACGACAGAGUACAAGUGUCACUGGAACACCAACGUCAGAAACGACGCCAACUCCUACUGAAGAUCGCGUGCGUGUGGAAAUAGUGGAUAAGGGUUAUAUGGAUGACCCUCUUAACACCGAUAAUUGCUGGAAGGAAGUUGAACUUUGGAGUGUGCAUUAUACACCAGAGUCAAACGAAAAUAUCAGUGCGCAUUUUGAUAAGGCGCUCGCAUGGCACCUCGUAACGGAGGACCUAUUCCCGAAGAUACACUCAGGUCAGGCUGCCCUACUCUCCAAAGUCGUCAAGCAAGUCAGUAACAGCCCGCUUCCCUAAUUAUUGGACGUCUGCUAAAAUUGAAUUAAACAGCAUCACCGGGUUUCCUAUCGCCAUGCCGUUACUGUUAUACGCAUUGUUUGAUCAAGGUACCAAUCUAUCAGGUAUUGGCAAGGGAACCGUCGCCUAAUGGGGCAAUAUUUUUUACGCUUAGCGUCUACAUACUGUUCUAGUAGAUUCUUGAUUCUACCUGGCAACUCGAAUGAUCAUAACUUCCUUCAUAACUGACGCCAUGAAUUCGGUUCAACUAUACAUCAGCAGUUACACAAAAGGUCAACAGGUCAAAAUCGGGCGCUAUCGUUUCGCCCUACUCUGACCGUUUUGUUCGUCCAAGUUCAAACUUGUGGUCAAUCGACUACCUCGCCUCGACGAAGUGUUCCAUCGAUGGGGACAACUAAAGACGGGCGGAAUAUGCUCUAUGGCUCGACAGCAACGUUAUUUUUACUGCCUCCUGGAAUCAAGCCAGCUUUUUCAAAAACUUAGUAGCGUUAUUCAGAUAAGCAUACCGGGGUUACUCGUUGGUAGCGCUGAUUAACCUAGUUGAACUAAUCUAAUUGCCGGUGGCACGCUAUGACAGAAAGACAUAAAUGUAACUAUUCACUUGCUUGAUAUAUAUCAAACAACUGAUUAAAGUAGGUCGAUGAACUCGUCUUUGCGGAGUUAGUUUUACCGAGGUUAUUAUAGAGAGUUCACGUUAGCAUUCGACAGUGCAGUCAAAAAAACAUAUAAUGCUAUCAUAAUGUGCUACCCAGUGCUUCGAAAUCAGUUUCGUGGUAAAUGACCAGACUACACUAUCCAUGUGGUGGAGACGUGCUCAGAGGAAGGCGCAAAAUCACUGAUGCAUCGACAUGUCUAAUAUUGGGUAGUACCGGCUAUAAGAACGCAAAGAUCUAUAACAAAUGCCAGCUAUACAUUUUGCAGAGAACCAAACAGUUUAGAAUCCAAUUGCUAUAAGGAUGGAAAAUAACAAACGUGGGUUCGCAAAUGUACACAUGUAGACAGACAGAGAUACCUUUUUAGAAAAUUAUAUCAGCGAUAAAGCCCUGCUGAAAUAUCGAUGAGCAAAGGGUAGUUUUUUAUCAAGUAUGAUCGAGUGGUUACUGCUCGUGAGUAUGUAUGUUACUGAAAAAAAUGUCUUUCAGUAUUACCAGGAAGAGAGAGGAGAAAUUCACAACUUAGAUAUACACGUAGACGCUUCCUGAUGUGUCUAUUAAGAUGUACAUAUUAUUAGUGAACAAAUCAAUACGGGACGAUGCUUCGAAAUAUUGAUUCGUAGCGAUAGAGUUUAGGGCUGUUUAUCGAUCUGAUGUUAUUUUUUUGCCUGUUUGUUCUUUUCCUUUUGCCAUCAUCACUAAUAGGACCGUCUCACGAAACUUUAAUUAUAAAUAUAAAAUAAAAAAAUUAAUCAAUGUAGAUCAACUCAUGUACCAAAAUAAAUGACAUCGCUCUUACUUAAUCAAUUGUUUAGAUGACUGCAUGAGUUACACUCCAAUAAUUGAUGAAAUCCGAGAUAGCAAUUGCCUUAAUGAAUCCUUCAGAAGAAUUUAAUAUCGAAGAUAAGUAAGUUAAGUGUAGGGGCUUGAACAACUCCUCCUCCUCCUCCUCCUGAAUUUCUAUUCGAACUUGCAUUAGUGAGUCCCAUAGAGCGUUGAUGUGAUGGACGUGGGGUGGGCCGAGGAGCUGGUUUCAACUCAUCGAAAUCAUGAUUGCCAUCUAGAUUAUGUAAAUUCAUAUUGCGAUGCUGUCUACGUUGCAGUAAUAAUCCAGUACCAUUUUGUGAAGCAAUAAACUAGAUUUUUCGUUGUUUUCAAAAGUA